UAUAAAAAUCACCCAAAAUUUUUCAAAGCGUUCAGGUGCUCUACUUUUAGGGCAAUUAAUGUCUCUCUGUUUAAGCGGGACAGCUGUUGCUUCACAAUUUUUGUCUAAUGAAAAAUACAAUGCUCCUACAGGCAAAUUAUUAUCUAAUGUUUUAUUUCAAAAAUUCUAUUAAUCCCGAAACCCAAAAUCUACCUACAUAUUUCUUUAUUUUUGUUAUUUUUGGAUAUUUAUUUUUUCGUAAGAAUAAAUCAAAUAAUAAUUUGAAUGAUUCUAUUCUAUCAAAUAUAGAAAGUGAGGGAUUUUUAAAAAUUUUAAGAAAUAGAGGAUGGAAAUAUUUUCUACUUGCAUUUAUUGAUGUUGAGGCUAAUUUUGCAAUGGUCUAUGCCUAUCAAUUUACUAACAUUACCGCCAUUCAAUUGUUGAAUUCUUUUACAAUACCUGCAGUUAUGCUACUUUCGUGUAUUUUUCUUUCUACACGUUACAAAAGUGGGCAAUUUGCAGCUGUCGCAAUUUGUCUUCUCGGCCUGGGCUUAACUAUCUACACCGAUUCAAUUCAUGAUAAAGGAUUAAAUAGUGGAACGAAUAAAUUUAUUGGAGAUUUUCUUUGUUUAAUUGGCACGUUUUUAUAUGCUGUGUCUAAUGUUUCAGAAGAAUGUUUGGUUAAACAAUAUUCUCGGUAA